AUGGAAAACUAUCAACAAGGAUACCAAAAUAUGGAUCCAAGGGCUAACGAAAUGCAUCACCAAAUACCAAACAUCAAGUAUGAACCAAAUUCACAGGGACUAUACAAUCCAUACAUGAUGGAUCACAGUAAAAAGAUUUAUAAUCGUCCUCCAAAGGUUUCGAAUAGCGAUAUUGACGCACUACUGAAACAAAACUCGAAUAUCAUCAACACACUGACCAAACUCUCCGGAGCAACAGACCCUCAAUUUUUCAGAAACUGCUCUACACUUCAAAGGAAUCUCGUCUUCCUCUCCAGAAUAGCAGACCAACCUAACUAG